CGCUGCCGGAGUUUUGUUUACAUUUCGAUCGACUCGCCUUCACCAGAACCGACUGAAUCUUUCGGGAGGAGGACCGAUCCAACCUUCACGGAGUCAACACUCAAAAAGUGACUUUAAACUUUGAGUGCGGUGAGCAUAAGAAUAUUUAAUGGACGCUGAACUUAACCCGGAACCAGGAGGAAAGCCUGGAAAUCUAAGUGAGAUGAUUUAUGAUUCCCAAUCAAACUGAAGACCAAGAGAAAACUGACAACGAGCAAGGCCCAAAUCCGAAGCAUCCAGGAAAACCCAAAACCGAAAGGAACAAGCACGUAGGCCCAAUCGACCACAAUAUACAGUUGAUGCAGAUACGGGAAGAAUGUCAACUAAGAAUAUUCAGCGGGUGACACCAAAUGAAGCGAGUCUGUCCUCAAUCACCGUCAACAUCAGAUGCCCUCAGGGAUGUCCACGUACAUUUGCCAAUUCCUCUGCCCUUCGGUUUCAUUUGGCACAGUUCCACCAGCAAGAGAAGGUGUCGAGUUCCCAACAUGGAGAAGUUUGGUAUCAUUGCCCAGUAACUUCGUGCAUUUAUCAUCAUGACUUUGGGCCAAAUGGAAAGCAUUUUCCAAAACUCAAAUAUCUUAAACAGCAUUAUCUGAAGGUUCAUGCCAAGCGGUCUCAUGCCUGUGACUGUGGCCAGGCUUUCAGCACAUCGGCUCUGCUCUCCCACCACAAACGUGCGUGUGGUCUCCAACUUCUUUGUGGUUGUGGCAGAAAUUUUUCCUCUGUUGAGACUCUACAGACUCACGCCCGACGUUCUGCUCAUGCUUUCCACCCAACCACUAUCCAGGCUUUGAGGGAAAGAAGAACAUCUCUUUCCGAACCUUCAGUGUCCACUCAUCAGAGUACGAAUAACCAGACUCAGACCUUCUGGCAUCAUAUACCUCUCAAGUACCAGAAUGUUGAAAAUAUUAGUAGAGGGAAAGGAAGUGUUUUAGGGAUAAUGACAACCUCUUCGUCACCUGCCAUAUCCUCCUUUGCAUCGGUUCCCCCAAUCUUCACCCAGACUACUGGUACACUUCUGCACACCCCUUCCACUUUCAGCCCAGUGGCCCCUGUAAAUCUGCAACAGCCCACUCAUUUGCUUGCUGCAAUUGCCCUUAGUGAGCUUGCUGCUACAGCCAUGAAAAGGGUGGCUUGUGUUGAUGUUGGUGUUCAAACAGAGGAAAAUCCUGUCAAACGCUCAAGACGUAAAUCAGCUACAAGUGACUGGCAUAUAGAGGAUGGCAAUAUUACUCUUUUACAAAAUCAGAGCAAGCGAAAAAGAACAGCAGAAACUCAGACAAGGCUCACUCACAGAGACAGCAAACGACUCAAUAACAGCUCACAGCUGCAGCUGCCACCCAACAUCUCAAGUACCAUUGGUACAGGGAAAGGAAAUGGUCAUAGUGAUAAUGACACCACUUUCCUUGAGGUGGGUUCCGAUGUGUGCAAUGAUGAAGACGAAAGUUCUUUGGGAAGUUUAGCACUACAGGUGGACUUGCCAGAAUUCAUCACAACUCAGCAAAGCACAUCAGGUACACAGACAAGUCCUCGUGCCCCAGGACUAACACACUCCCACCUCAGUAAUCUAACCAUAUCCCUUUUUGAUCGGGCAUGUGGGGAUGAUGAGCCAGGCAUCCCACCACCAUCUAUGACCUCUAUCACUGCUACACAGACAAAUGAACAUCUUGAUCCCUUUGCAACAACACAGCUGCUUAUUGACGCCGAUGAAGACUUACUUGGAGUUGUUGGUGAUACAACCAGUAUAACAAGUCAGAGAGCUCCAUCUUUAGGGCACAUUCGCUCAUCAAGCAUAGAAACUCAAACUGACCAUGAUGUACUUCUAAGUGGAAACGCUGGCGCCCCUGAUGAUUCAGAUGAAAUAAUCUUAACCACUACAGAAACUCAGACAGAUCCAAACAGUCUUUUGAUUUUGAGUGGAGGUACUGCUUGCCAAGGCCCAGGGUCAUGUCAGGUGCCUGGAGCUUGUCAAGGGCAUGAUAGUGAUAGCCUGUGGUGCACAAGUGAAACUCAGACAUAUGAAGAUUUUUCAGAUAUUGAGCAAUUCAUGCGCUCAACCAUACACACACAGACUCCAGAUCACAGCCACAAUGAACUCUUCCCAGAAUUGUCAUUCACUCAUACACAAACUCAGACUAGUCUUGAUGAUCCUCCAGCACUUGUCACUACACACACUCAGACACCAAAGCGAAGGCAGCUACAUCCUGGUAUACCUGGCAGCUAGCUUAUUUUUAUUGUGUUAUUGUCAUUCAACUUCUUAUAAUCAUUAUUAAUCAGUCAGUCAGUAAAUAAUGAUAAUGAUGAAGGUAUUCAUAAUAAUGGUAGUGAUGAUAAUAAUAGUAGUUGAUGAUUUAUUAUUAUGAUUAUUAUUAUUGUAAUUGUGAUGAUAUUGAAAAUGUCUUCAUAAUUACAUUAUUGAAAAUAGUAUUAAUUAUUUUUAUAAAUGUUAUUGUUAUUCUUAUUGUUUUAUCAUUAUUUUUAUCAUUAUUAUUUAUAAUUACUAUUUAUUCUUCUUCUUCUUAUUUUUAUUAUUAUUAUUAUUUCUUAUUCUUAUUUUUAUUAUGAUGAUUUUUUUUUUUUUUUUGGUUAUUAUUAUUAUUAUUAUUAUUAUUAUUAUUAUUAUUA